ACUGAUAUCCAUGGUUAAUAAAUGUUUUGUUUGUUUGUUUGGAUGUGGUAAUGUUUAUAUGUCAAAUUUAAAGACAUGUAUACGUUAUUGUAUGGCCUGUACAAAUAUAUUGUUCAGAAAGAUGAAUAUUGUGUUUUAAUAUUGGGUUUAGAUAAUGCGGGGAAAACGACGUACCUAGAAGCUGCUAAAACAAAAUUCACGAAGAACUACAAGGGAAUGAAUCCAAGUAAAAUUACAACUACUGUCGGCUUGAAUAUUGGAACAAUUGAUGUUGCUGGUAUACGUCUGAACUUCUGGGAUCUAGGUGGUCAGGAAGAGUUGCAGUCUUUAUGGGACAAAUAUUACGCAGAGUCACAUGCCCUAAUAUACAUUGUGGAUUCUUCAGAUAGGGAUCGUAUUCCAGAUUCCAAAGAAGCAUUUGACAAGAUGAUCUCGAGCGAGAGCCUGGCCGGAGUGCCCCUGCUGGUGCUGGCCAACAAGCAGGACAUCCCCGACUGCAUGGGGGUGCGCGAGGUCAAGCCCAUCUUCAACCAGAGCGCCCACCUGAUUGGCCGGCGGGACUGCAUGGUCAUGCCGGUGUCGGCGCUCACCGGGGAUGGAAUCGAUGAAGGUAUUCACUGGUUGGUGGACUGCAUCAAGAGAAAUAGUGAAAUAAGGCCUGCAAGAAAUCAAGAUGAAACGUAACAGUUUCCCAAAUUGCUCUAAAUAACCAUCAGACUGCUCAAGCUGUGAAUGAAAGACAUUUUUACAUGAUUCAUAAUAAAAUAAAGGUGUGGUGAUGUGUCUUAAUGUAAAAUUUGACCAGUUUGUACUCCUAUUUUGCAGCCAGAUAGGCUAAUCUGAUUUUGCUUAAACUAUUUUAAAUUCUUAUCAAAUUCCAACUCAAAUACUAAAUUCAAUCAAGUCUUAGACACAUAAUUUGUGUGACUUUUUUUCUUAGCACUUGCAGUUAAUUGACUUAAUUCUUACAUUUGCCCAAUUGUCUUGAUUAUAAGAUUUGCAUAUUAACUAAGUUUUUGAGAUUUGAAAAUGAAAUGCAACUUGCAGCCAAACUAAUGUACAUUCCUUAUGAAUAUAAAUAUAUAGGCUUAUAAAUUUAAGGGUGUGUCACAUAAAAAAGGGUUGGCUAGUCUGGUAUCGCAUUAAGAAUAAUUGCUGAUAAUCACAGGUAAGAUACUAAACACUUGAAAAGUUAAAUAACAACCUCUCCUUAUUUAAGUACAGCCUUUUCUUUAGAGAAACUAUAGGAUCAAAGAAUAAGACAUCUUAUAUUUGAGUAUAAAUGGUUGUUGACACAUACAUGCAUUAUACCAACUUUGAUUUGAGGACUCCUGACAUCAAAAAAUUAUUUGACCUAUGUGAUUAAUGGAGUUCAUCUUCUUUUUGUUUUUAAAAAUACUACUUCAAUUGAAAUUGCUUCAUUAGAAUUGGUCCACAAUAAUUUGAUUUGAAAUAAUUUUACAAUAUUCUCAUUGGUAUGAACAUCAUAAUUUCAUGAACAUCAUCUCUAUUGGUUUUAAUCUAUCAUACAUACAUUAGUGAUUAGUCUAACCUGUGGGUUAUUACCCUCUUUUAUCGCAUAAUCGUCGCACGCGCGUAAUCGUCGCACCCCUACUUUUCAAACUUGAUUUUAGAAUCAAAUGUGCGACGAUUAUGCGAGAAAACACGGUAUUCAUUUGUAUCUUGUUCAUGAGUUUGUUUUGUUACUGUUCACAGAUUAAAUACUGUUAUUUGACCUUAUUAAAUACAUUUGGAAUAUU